UAGAGACCCCCGGCCGUUAACUCCGCGUCGCGCAGCCGAGAGAAGCGGGUCACAAUCCCAAGUUUAUUCAGAGUUUUCUUUUAGCGAUUAAUUCACAAUGGGAUGGAAGCCGCCCAGAUAUUUUCUCGGGUUAACGGCCUUCGGGUCUUUUGCUGGAGGAAUCGUCUUAUUCAAAGAAGUACUUGGCGGAGGGAAUUAUCAAGGAGCUGAGAGAUUAGAUGGAAAAACUGUCAUCAUUACGGGUGCCAACACAGGAAUCGGCAAAGAAACGGCAACUGAGAUGGCGAGGAGAGGUGCCAGGGUCAUAAUGGCGUGUAGAGACAUGGAGAAGUGUAAAGAGGCAAGGAAAGAAGUGGCAUUAGCAACCUUCAACAAAUCUUUAUACUGUCAGGAGUGUGACCUUGCUUCUCAGGAGUCCAUCAGAAAUUUUGCAGAGAGAAUUAAAAAAAAGGAGGACCAAGUGAACAUAUUGAUAAACAAUGCUGGAGUUAUGAGGUGUAAGAAGUCAUUCACGGAGGAGGGGAUAGAACUUCAGUUAGGGACGAAUCACAUGGGCCAUUUCCUCCUCACGAACCUGCUUCUGGACAAGCUCAAGGCCUCUGUACCAAGUCGCAUUAUAAAUGUGUCUAGUGUAGCACAUAUGAGAGGUAGCAUCAAAUUUGACGAUUUGAAUAGUGAAAAGAACUAUGAUGAAGGGGACGCUUAUGCGCAAAGCAAACUUGCCAAUGUUCUCUUCACUCGGGAAUUAGCGGAGAGAUUAGAAGGAACUGGGGUAACGUGCAAUGCGGUCCACCCAGGGAUUGUCCUAACGGAGCUUGGAAGACACAUGAGUAUAUAUAAAAGCUGGAUCGCAGCCAUGUUCUUAAAGCCACUGCUUUGGGUUUUCUUGAAGACUCCUCGCCAGGGAGCUCAAACCACCAUCUAUGCAGCUCUUAGCUCUGACCUGGAAGGAGUCAGCGGGAAGUAUUUUAGCAACCAGAAGGAGGCAACCGUCUCAGAGGCAGCAUUGGACAAGGAAGCAGCCAAACGAUUAUGGGCCAUCAGUGAACGCUGGACACGGCUUACUUAAUGCUUGUUAAGCCAUAUCUUAUCAGUGGUCUUUGUAAACUGUUGUAUAUUGUAACUAGAAUGUGGGAGAAUUUGAAAGAAAAGUUUUUCAUUAAUUUUCCUUGUGUUUUAGAUAUAUUUAGAUAGUGAAAUAAAAACACAGAUAUACAUAAGUUAAUAUAUCUUUGGAUGUAAGGCAAUGUAUACAGAGUUCAAGAAUGCUUAACUUCAGGUAUAAGAAUUUAGAAAUGUAAUGCUUAAAUGCAAAUAGUCCUCUGAUGUUCCUGACCAAAUGUAAUUUCUUUAUUACCUUGGCUAUAUAUGUAAUUUGACUAUGAUCUCACAUUACACUCAUAUUAUCCUAGCUAACAAUUUUCAGUCCAUUUAAUUUUGUUAAUUUUCUUGUAAAUUUCAUUAUAUAUUUUUACAAUAUUUUGUACGACCUGCAAAGAUAUAGGUUCUGAUUUUAGUAUUACAAGGUGACAAUGAAAGAUUAUAUCCUC